AUGUCGUGUUUCAGACGCUUGGACGUUUCGCGGCCUCAAGACCGCCGUUAUCGAAAACGAGCUGCUGAGAUCGUGGUGCUCAUCGACAAGGGCGCUGACAUUUACCAGUUCGUGCACAAGCCCUCGGACACGGACUUCCUCUGGCGUUCCCCUUGGGGUGUCCGCGACCCGACCGUGCGCAUGCCGACUACGGGGUCUGGCGAAGGUCUGUGGAUGGAUGUUUAUGAAGGAGGCUGGCAGACUGUACUGCCCGGUGGGAGGAUUCCCCACCCAGUACAUGGGCGCCGACAUGGGCCUGCACGCCGAGGUGAAUACGGUCCGUGGGAUGCGGUGAUUCUCGAGGACACGACUGAAGUAGUCUCAAUGCGCUUCUGGGUGCGAGCGGCCCGCACUCCUUUCUUCUUCGAGAAGACGCUGACGCUGCGCAGCGGCUCCGCCGUGCUCGAAAUCGAGGCGCGCCUUACUAACGAGGGAGAGGAACCCGUCCACUGCGUAUGGGGCGAGCACAUCGCGCUGGGCGCCCCUUUCCUGAGCGAAGACUGCGUCAUAGACCUUCCCGGUGGGACACUCAUCAACGAAGAAUUGGAAGACUGGCAUCCUAACAACAAGCUGAAAUCGGGCUUUAAUGCGCCGUGGCCCAUGUCCCAACUCAAAGACGGAACGCCCAGGGACUUGAGCAGAAUCCCUCCUAAGAGUUUCCGCUCCUACGAUAUGUCCUACAUCGCGGACAUGCCGGACGGAUGGUACGCAGUGACCAACCAGAAGACAGGAAUUGGCUUCGGCUUCCGCUAUCCCACGGAAGUGUUCAGGUACCUGUGGUACUGGCACUCGUUCGGGGGCGGCUUCGGGUAUCCCUGGUAUGGACGCACUUACAAUGUGGGAUUAGAGCCAUUCACAAGCUAUGGCAACAGCGGAUUGGCGGGAGCAGUGGAGAACGGCACCGCGCUGCUCGUGCAGCCAGGGCAAACGGUGGAGACAUCCCAGCGAGCUGUAGCAUACAGCGGCGCCUCACGGGUCAGAUCGAUCUCGUCGGACGGGGAUGUAACCAUUGAGAGUAAUGCCGCUUUGCAAGGCAGCUAA